UGUCCAAGGCGAAUUGCUGUCUUUACUGUCAACAGUUUGAUUGGGUGCUUAAGAGUGAUUUUUCGUGACCAUGGCGUACAAAAUGCCCCUGUGUCUUCCUCAGCUAUGAACCACCGGAGUAAAAAUCAUUUGUCGGCUAUCAAACUGUUCAAUGGGGAAACGCCACAUGGUUUACGCAGCGGAUGUGCUAUUAGUCUUAAGAAGUGCUAA